AUGGCAGCGCUACCUGUCUUCCAGGAAAAGUGGAUUUAUGUAUUAAAGCACCUGAGCUUCGCUGCACUCAUGACAGAACAACUGCAUGACUGCUGGUUAGAGAACAUAGAUGCGAAGUUCAACUCAAGCCAGUAUUUCAAACAUAUCUUCAACACAAAUCUUUGGGAGAUCACCGACUCAGGCAAAGAGCUGUCCGGGUCCCACGCUGGACUCCAAGCUCUGACCGACACUCAGCAGUGCUUGUUUGGUCGUGCGGUGCCAGUACUCAGAAUGACAUCUCGCUCAGUGUCUUCGGGCCUCAGUAUGAAGAUCAGUCUACUGGCAAUUGCCUGUCUCAUCUACCCGGUGGUCAUGUUCUCUUUCAAGCAAAUGACUGAGUGGAUACAAAACUAUGCACACAAUUUAACAGAGAAGACAGAGGACCUGAGACGUCAAAGGAAGCUGGCCGAAGAUCUCCUGCACCAAAUGCUGCCAAAAUCAGUAGCCAAACAGCUCCGCCGGCAAAAACAUGUGGAGGCGGAGAGCUAUGAGAAGGUGACCAUUUUCUUCUCGGACAUUGUUGGUUUCACCUCCAUCUCAGCCUCCUGCACUCCUCUGCAAGUCGUGGAGAUGCUCAACAACCUGUACAUUUGCUUUGACACGCGAAUCGACUCCUAUGAUGUCUACAAGGUUGAAACAAUUGGGGAUGCAUACAUGGUGGUGAGUGGCCUUCCCGAGAGGAACGGGGACAGACAUGCAGACGAGAUUGCCAAGAUGGCUCUGGAUCUGGUUACGGCCGUUCGACAGGUGUCUAUUCCUCACAUGCCCAACCAGAGGCUGCAGCUCCGAGCUGGAAUCCACACAGGUCCUUGCGUGGCAGGAAUAGUGGGCUACAAGAUGCCUAGAUACUGUCUGUUUGGGGAUACGGUGAAUACAGCAUCUAGAAUGGAAUCCACUAGCCUGCCUCAAAAAAUCCACACUAGUUCCGAAACCUACUUGGCCCUUAUCAGAGACUACGCUUAUGAGCUGCAGCUUCGUGGCGAAAUUGAAGUCAAGGGUAAAGGCAAAAUGUACACAUACUGGUUGAUUGGCCAUAAGAACUACAGUGUCCAGAAUGACAGUCUGGUUUGCCACUGGAAUCCCAACAUGGCGAUGAAAAAGAAGACCGAAGCAAGCUGCGAUGUCUCUGUGGGAAAUUCAUCAGUGACAGUGCAGAGCCUCAAUGAAAACACCACCACCCCGUUGCCCAAUCACACGCCACCGCAGCCUCGAUCCGAGAAGGCGGACCCGAGUGUGGCGGCUCAGACGGGGCCUUCAGGCAGCAGCCGUGCCACCCUGGGCUCCGUGAUUGGGGGACUACAGGGAGGGAACGAGUCCUCUUUGCCCAUUCGGUGCAGAAGCAGCAGUGGUGAAGACAAAUGGGACAUUCUGCCUGGCUCCACAAACAACAACAACAACAACAACAACAACAACCUCAGUCAUUACUGGAAUUUAUAUAACGGAAUAAUAAGGGAUUCAUAAAGAAUCGUCUCUACAUAGAUAUAGUUUUGAUCUUUUUAUUUUUUAUACCAUCUAAUUCCACCUCAAUUUAAACAUGGGAGAACCGCAUUCCUUUGUGUAAUCUUGAUGGACAUCCACUCACAAGCUUGGCCUUUUCACCGAAACAUAAUACUGCCGUUGUCAUCUAUCAUCUUCGAAUGCUUUGAAUUAUUUCAUGGGAUGUUUUGUUGGGUGUCAGCCAUUUCAAGUCUCAUCCCCAGAACACUUUUCUUGAGUCUCAAUUUGUUUGAGUUGUAACUGAUAAUAUUUCAUUUCUUUUACACCCACAAACUACCAAAUGAGUCCUGAAAUAUUGCGGAUUUAGUAAUGUGUUGAAGUAUUAGAAAAAUUGUACAUAAAUUCAAUUUGUGAAUAUUUAGUGCCUUGGUGGUC